AUGGCUUUCAAGCGCAAGGUAAACGACUUCAUCUAUACCUUAUCGGAUAACGACGAGCUCUCUAGCCCAGAGGAAUUCCUUCCCGAGUCUCCCCCCCCCCCAAAAAAGGUCAAGAGGAACAAGCAAUCCGCCUUAGUUGACCAUGUCGAAGAGGACAGCGUCUGGGGGGGGAAAGAAGAGGAUGAUGGAGCUAUGGAUUCAAGCUUUGAAUUCGCGGAGAAUGGCACUGUCGAUUUCAAUGCGGAGGACUUGGAAGACUGGUGCUUCGACGGUGCGAAAAAGAGCAUUGUUGGGUUAGCCACGAGGAGGAUUGUUGACGUGGAUGAGAUUGUGAGACGAAGGAGAGGGACUGGCGAAGGCGUAGACGUCGACACGAAUUGCGGGACAGAAGAGACAACCUAUGAAGCCAGCGAUGAAGAGGACGAUAUCGACCUCGACGACCGGUUCGACGAGGUUCUAGCCGCAGACGGGUUUGGUAUGGGUGCAGCUUUGGGAGAAGAGUCGGGAGGGGAGAUUGCAGAGGAGCAAUCGGGCCAAGAAGAGCAAGACGACGACGCGUCCGAUGAUGAUUCUGUUGCGACGCCCGUCGAUCACCCCGAUGACGCUGUAGAAUCGGACGACACGGGUGACCGGGAGGACCCCGAGGAGGCAGCAAGGAGAGAAGCGUUCUUUGCGCCCGAAGACAAGACGUCACACGCAAAGCAAACCGGGAAAACAUCUUUCCAGAACAUGUCAUUGUCGCGGCCAAUUCUCCGAGGCCUUAACUCUGUUGGUUUCGGUGAGCCCACCCCGAUCCAGGCAAGAACGAUACCGCUUGCGCUAGAGGGCAAGGAUCUGGUUGGCGGCGCCGUCACAGGAUCAGGAAAAACCGCCGCCUUCGUCGUACCUAUCUUAGAGCGGCUCCUGUACCGGCCGAAUAAAAUACCAACGAGUCGAGUUGUUAUACUUACACCUACUCGGGAGCUUGCCAUUCAGUGUCACGCAGUCGCAACCAAGCUUGCGAGCCAUACGGAUAUUAAAUUCUGCUUGGCUGUGGGAGGGUUGAGUCUCAAGGUCCAAGAGGCGGAGCUACGCUUACGGCCCGAUGUCAUAAUUGCGACGCCGGGCCGGUUCAUUGACCAUAUGCGGAACUCGCCGAGUUUCUCAGCAGAUACGGUAGAGAUCCUUGUUCUCGACGAGGCUGACCGUAUGUUGGAAGAUGGGUUUGCCGACGAACUGAAUGAGAUUCUCUCCGCCUUACCCAAGUCUCGGCAGACCAUGCUAUUCUCAGCUACUAUGACAUCUUCCGUCGACCGACUUAUUCGCGCCGGCCUGAAUAAGCCUGUGCGAGUCAUGGUAGAUUCUCAAAAGAAAACGGUUGAUAAACUGGAGCAAAUGUUUGUUAGGUUACGGCCAGGCCGAGAGGAGAAGAGAAUGGGCUACCUUAUACAAAUAUGCAAGACGAUGCAUACCGAGCGAGUUAUCAUAUUCUUCAGACAAAAGAAGGAGGCUCAUCGUGCUCGGAUUAUAUUCGCUCUAUUGAAUUUAUCUUGUGCCGAGCUCCACGGUAGCAUGAACCAAACACAGCGUAUAUCAAGUGUGGAAGCAUUCCGUCGUGGCAAAGUCUCCUUUUUACUGGCAACCGAUCUGGCUUCCCGAGGACUCGAUAUCAAGGGAGUGGAGACAGUCAUUAACUACGAGGGGCCCCAAACUCUCGAAGUGUAUGUACAUCGUGUGGGACGUACCGCGCGGGCGGGUCGUUCCGGUGUUGCUAUAACGCUUGCUGCGGAGCCGGAUCGCAAAGUGGUGAAGGCGGUAGUGAAGGCGGGAAAGGCACAAGGCGCCAAGAUCAGCAGCCUCAUCAUUGACCCUGGAGAGGCUGACAAGUGGCAAGCUAAGGUGGAGGCAAUGUCAGAUGAGAUCGAGGCUAUUGCCAAGGAAGAGAAGGAGGAGAAGCAGUUAGCGCAAGCCGAGAUGCAGAUCAAGAAGGGAGAAAACAUGGUAAUGCACGAGGAGGAGAUCAAGUCGAGGCCCAAGCGGACGUGGUUCGAGACACAGCACGAGAAGAAGAAGGCUAAAGAUGCGGGUAGGGCUGAACUGAACGGGUUCAAAGAGUCGCUCAAGAAGAAAGGGGACGGCAAGCUGAGCAACAAGGACAAGAAGAAGCUUGAUGCGAGGUCUGCUAGGACUGAGGGUAUGUGGAAGAAGGGUUCUGCUGAGAGGGGGGGCAGGGGGGCGGUCCUCAACUUCAAGGGCAACGGGAAGAAGAAGGCCCGGAAAGAUGGAAAGCGAAUGCUACCUCGGGGCACAUUAGCUCCAUUGCCUAUGCCACGGGCACUUCGCCUGGCCCCCCCUCGUCGAUUCGUGCUCCCACGCCCGCAUCCCCACCGUAGGCAGAGCCUCCUCCAGUACAUAUUCCCGCGUAGCCUGCGUGAACGUUACCGAGAACGCCUUAUAAGCUUUCACCUCGAUACUUUCCCCUACUACAAGCAUCAUAUUCAGAGCCGCAUCUACCGUUUCAUCCUUGACCGUCAGCGCCGUCGCCGCGGCCAGCCGCGUCUGGUCGACUACGUGCGGCGGCUGCUUCUCGGUCUCACCGGCUCCAAUAAGGAUGCGAAGAAUGUCGCAGGGACCCUUACCGGCAAAAUGACGUCUGUGCCGGGAUAUGGAACCGAGAGGGGAGAUCUCGGCGCAGAAGGUGGCCGGGAAAGGGGAGCGCGUAGAAGGAUACUUGCUGCCAUGGCCGGAAGUGUGUAUAGGGCUGGCGCGUCGGCGGUGAACGAGAUCAAGGAGUCGUAUUACCAGACCAAGAUACAGGACAUCGGCACGCCGGGAUCUCCGAAGACCACUAUUCCGGAAUCAUUCCCCCACGUUGCCGUCGUAACUAAUGGCAACGAGCAGAUGGUUUUGUUUCCCUCGUAUGCGAAGAGGCAUGUGAGCCAGCGGUCAAGGAAGAUGGAUAGCCCCGGAGGGUCACCCUACUCUUCGCCCGUAGACACAAACGAACGAGAAUACUGGAGGGGAGACUUGCCCCAGCACGAGAACGAGGACGCUGUCGUCGAUGUCGACGUCCGAGGUUGGAUAUACAACCCGCAUAGAGAGCCAAUGACGCGUGGAAAUAGGAUAUUAGUCGGUCUGGCAAGGCAAUUAGCCGGCAUACCAGCCCCAAGGCUGCAGCAGGCUGGCGCGUCGACCAAUACGGAGCCUCCCCUCCCUAGUACGUAUCGCCAGCGCGAGGAGGAUAUCGAGCGUAAUAGAAUCGCGAGGGAGGCUAGGGAGAUCGAGCGUAGAGGACAGGCGGAGGAGGAGGUUGCCCAAGUGGGAGGCUACAGUGAACGCCCGAGGGAUGAAGAUUCCGAGGGCGAAGGCAAUCUACGGUACCACAAUGGAAGAAAGCAAAAUGGUAGCCAAACGCCCCCCUCGCCGGCAUCUCCUGUGCUUGGGGCCCGCACAAACACCCCCGGAGGCGCCGACCUCACCAAUGCAGAGCUCGCGAUAGCAAACGCGAAUCUGAUGGCUCGCGUCUCGCCCUUCUUGACGACUCCGUUGGUCCAGGUGCCGAUCACGUUAUUCUUCUACAAUGAUUCGCAGUCGCAAUCACGCACCGUGUUCACUGACGAGUCGGGACAUUUCACGGUCAGGGCAGCCCUCGAAUUCGUACCAACACACGUCCGUGUAUUGGCGAGCGAGGAUCUCUCCGCCACGGAAUCCGUAGAGAUCAUAGAACCCAGAGGGGUCAGCUUAAUCAGCGACAUCGACGAUACGGUAAAACGCUCCAACAUCUUCCUCGGCUCCAAGGAGAUGUUCCGGAAUACGUUCACCCGCGACCUAAACAGCCAAACCGUCGACGGUGUUAGCCGCUGGUAUAACGCCCUCCAAGACCUAGGUGUACGAAUACACUACUGCUCCAACAGCCCGUGGCAGCUCUAUCCUGUCCUGGCCACGUUCUUAAAGGUAGCCGGCCUACCCCUAGACUCGUUACACCUCAAGAGGUACACUGGCAUGCUUCAGGGAAUAUUCGAGCCCGUGGCCGAGCGGAAAAGGGGUACGCUGGUAAAGAUCAUGAAGGAUUUCCCGGAGAGAAAGUUUCUCCUCGUUGGUGACAGCGGCGAAGCAGACCUGGAGGUGUACACGGAGCUAGCGGUUGCAUAUCCGGGCAGGAUUCUCGCUAUCUUCAUCCGUGAUGUUUCCACGCCCGAAAAAACAGGCUACUUUGACUCCGGGUUCAGUGUGCAAUCCGCAAAUGAGCUGUUCACCAAACCUCCGUUGCCUUCUCGAGCAGCGACCACGCCGAGGGUCAGCGGGACUGUCUCGGGCGAUUUGAUCGACCUCUCCGAGAAACCAGAACCACCUCGCCGGACUCGGACCUCACGCGCGGAGAACCCCGAGAUGCCAGACUCUGCGAGAUCAAGUACACGGGCGACAGAUCUUCUCGCACGGAGGCCCCCCCCCAAGCCGGCAAAGCCGAGUUCCCUACAGGGAACUCCAGCCCUCGCAAUGCGCACCACGGACGGACCUAGUAAUACGGGCGAGAUCAACAAGAAAACCCUGGCCCCUCCUCAACCACGUAAGACCAGCCAUGCGAAUUCUCAAUCCGCUCCGGGCAAGGCCGUCUCACCACACCCCUUAACACAAAUGCAAAACUUGUCCGAUCAAAUCAUUGGAAACGAGAAGGUUCGGCUUGAGAACAACCAGAGAGGUGGCAUAACUCUACCCGUUACUCCGGGUUCCGCGCCUUUGCCAAGAGGCAUCAUGCCACCCCCACCGCCGCCUCGGCGGCGGGGCCCGCUGUCCUCCUCCGAAACCAUUACCGCGACAGCGACGACCAGCACCAUUGGCCUAGUCACCCACAUCGGCCCAAGGACGAGCCCUCGCCCUACAAUCGGCAACCGUCGGUUAGCCGGCAACUCCGACCUAGACUCGUUGGACAGCCUACAGCUGCCUCCGGCGGUGGCGCCUGACUUCUCGGCAUACGACGGACGUAGCAGCAGCAGCAGCGUCAACGGUGGGAGUCUCGGGAGCGGGGCGGCGAGCCCAGUGGCAGGCAUGGGCGCGCCGAACAAGAAAGCGGAUCUGUGGCUCAGGCGACUGCAGCGGGCGCAGGAGGCUCUCGACCAUCAAGGCGUGGUGCUGUACACGUGGCGCCGCGGGGACGAGGUCGUGAAGGAGGCGGUGGGUAUCGUAAAGGCUUGGCUCCUGGAGGAGGGUGGGAGGUGA